GUUGUUUUUGACACACCGGGCAAACUUCGAUUGCUUGGUGACAACACACGGGUAUUUUGUUGGUGAUUUUGGCACUGGUGUAUUGUUUUAUACGUACUGCUCCAGAUUCGCAAGCGUGUACACGUGUGUUUGUGUUUGUGUAUGUGUGCAGAGGAAUAAGUUUCACAAAAUCACAGUGUUUGCGCGUGUGUGAGAGUUUCUAAAGUGUUGUAAAGUCCAGUGUCCACCAAAUAGUUUCAUCAUUGGGUGCGAUUGCUUAGAAAGAACCGUCAUCACUUAUCGCAGCUGCUGUGUAGUGUGUACAACCCUUAAUACGACGUCGAACUUACGGGACGCGGAAGUGCGCGAUAGGCAAACAGCACCACAACUAUCAUUAUCGGUUCGUCCGUAGAGCAGAGCCGCCGAAAUUGUCCAGCAUGGAUCUGGUGAAACCAUUCAUGGACAUGCACGUGGAUCGUGUUCUCAAGGAAAUCCGUGAUCAAUGCAGGGAGCUAAUCCUCACAGACAAACAGAUCGAGGAGAUUAUGCGACGGGUGAUCAAGGAAAUUAACCGAGGGCUCAGUAAAGAAACGCACGCCGAGGCUGACGUUAAAUGUUUCAUCACCUACGUACAGGACCUGCCAAAUGGGAAAGAAAAGGGAAAAUUUCUGGCCCUCGAUCUUGGCGGCACCAACUUCUGGGUGUUGCUGAUCCACCUGAAGGACGAGAACGACUUCGAGAUGCUGUCGAAGAUUUAUGCCAUUCCACAGAGCAUUAUGCUCGGUAGUGGGACGCAACUGUUUGACCAUAUUGCUGAAUGUUUAGCCAACUUUAUGAAGGAACACUCAGUGUACGAGGAACGUUUACCGCUAGGAUUCACAUUCUCAUUCCCGCUAACGCAGCUGGGUCUUACCAAAGGUAUUCUUGCCCGAUGGACGAAAGGUUUCAACUGUUCCGGUGUCGUCGGUGAGGACGUUGUGCAGCUGCUGAAGGAUGCUAUCGCCAGACGGGGGGACGUUAAUAUAGCGGUAAUGGCAAUUCUAAACGAUUCCACCGGAACGCUGAUGUCGUGCGCGCACAGUAAUCACGAUUGCAAAGUCGGUGUGAUAAUUGGUACGGGCAGUAACGCGUGCUACGUGGAGAGAGUGGAAAACUGCGACCUCUUCGAUGGUCCCAAGGAGGGACCAAACAUUAAGAAGCAUGUGAUGAUCAAUACGGAGUGGGGCGCGUUCGGUGAUGACGGUGCGCUCGAUUUCGUACGCACGGAGUACGAUCGCGAGAUCGAUCAGCACAGUAUAAACCCGGGCCGGCAGCUACAAGAGAAAAUGAUCUCCGGCAUGUACAUGGGCGAGCUGGCUCGUUUGGCGAUAGUGAGGUUCACAAAGGCAGGCCUUCUGUUUGGUGGUGUCGGUUCCGAUAUUCUCUUCAAGCGCGGCCAGUUCUUCACGAAGUACGUUUCAGAAAUCGAAUCGGACAAACCGGGAACGUAUUACAACUGUCGGGAAGUGCUGGAAGAGCUGGGCCUCGAGCACGCGACCGAUGAGGACUGUGCGAAUGUACGCUACAUCUGCGAGUGUGUAUCUAGCCGGGCGGCUCACCUCGUAUCGGCCGGCAUUGCGGCAUUGAUUAACAAAAUGGACGAAACGAGCGUGACGGUUGGUGUUGACGGUUCCGUGUACCGUUUCCAUCCCAAGUUCCAUGAUCUGAUGGUGCAAAAGAUUCGACAGUUUGUGAAACCGCACAUUUCCUUCGAUCUGAUGCUAUCGGAGGAUGGUUCCGGUCGUGGUGCAGCGCUAGUAGCGGCCGUAGCCUGUCGUGAGGCACAGUAAACGCUUCGCGAGCAUCGAUCAGAUCGCGCCGGAGUAGCACCGACAUGAAGCAAGAAAACCGAACACUACCUACACUAAACCGCGUGUGCGUGUGGCCAGAGAGAUGGUGAAAAGUUUGGGUGCAGCUGGGUAGCUACUCUCCAGUCGCCGGUACACUGUUGUUAAUGUUCACGGGGGCCGUCAGCGCACGUGCUUCAGACUCUUUUCUUGUGUGUUGUAACGUUAUCAUGCAUCGUUUCUUUGUCACACGGCAGAACCACACUCGCGAUUUGAUGAAAAAUGGGUUACAAUAAUAGUGAGAGCGUACAGUAGAGUGACCACCUCACUGCGACAUAGUUGCGUACAAAACGUUCACAAUUCUCACCCCUAGCGUAACUAGUGAUUUAUAGAGUAUAUAUAUAUAUACAUAUUAUAUAUCUAUAGUGAAAGAAACAAUGUUGAUCAAUGAAUAAGAAAAGCAAAGCAAAUCAUUUUAUUACAAAAAGGGCCAUGGAGCGCAGCUUCUGUGCUCCGCCUGAAUCCCCACCACCACCACCGUACAUUUACUCUACCAAGCACACCGUCCGUUACGGAUACUGUGCGGAUCAUGAAUUCUUGCCCAGACCUACCGCAUCACCACGGGGAGAAAGUACAAGAACUUGUUCGUAACCGAAAAUGCUGCCAGACUAUGAGGAGUGCUACCUCAAACGGCAAGAAAUGCUAGUAUAUGCUAGGGAAAUUGGAUAGAAAAUCGGAUGUGUAAAUUAUCUUAGGAUCGGCCACGUGCGCUUCGAUGUGUAUGGAAAAAAAAGCUGCGAUAGUUUUAUCUUAGCAAAGCUUCUUUAUCUUCGGCAGUAGUUGUAUGCGUGAUCAUGUUUGUAGUGGGCUCUCUGCCCCCUGGCAGUGAUUACGAGAACGAGUGGUAAAGUUGAAGCGAUUUUUUACAUUAUGUUUAAGUUGAACUAGAAUCUGUCCAGGUUCAUCACUUUCUAUGCAUUGGUUUUGAAACAGAAUCGCUUACAAAAGUUGAAAGAAGUGUGAAAAAUUGAAGAUUUCCUUCAACACAUUCUGGUUCAACUUGUAUAGAGUUGUGAAAUGGGUUCAACUUUAUCUCUUGAGCUCGAAUUCUCUGUAUUGCCAUACAGUAUGCGAAGUCUUGGAGCGGCGAUUGUGUUUCUUUUUAGCUCGGUGGAAUAUAUAUGAACUUCGGCACUGAUGAACAAUGGUGUGCGGUAUUGAACGUUCGCGUGAGUUAGUCGAUAGUAAAAGAAAGCAGGGAGAAAGCAAAACAAUAAACAUUGCAAACCUUUUAAACUAUGUCGUCCGGAUGCAAAAAGGGUUGUACCGAUUGUAUCGGUUGGUUUUGCAAGCAAAAAAAAACGUUAAUCACUGUUUAAGGAUGUCGCUCAAAGCGUAAUUAAACAAAGGAGAGCGAGUAAAUGGGUGGCCAAGGUUUUUGAGUUUAGUGUUGUAGAUUGUACAUUAUUUUAAAAUUAGUUACAAUUAUUGAUGUUACUGUAUUUCUUUUGUUUUUUUCAUUCGCGAACUAAGGAAAUAAUCGAGUGCUAAGGUCGAUAGUAGAAGAAGGCAUGUGGGAGCAGAUAUAACUAGCAAAAGGGGCAAGGAAUGGAAAAAAUAGACAUAUAUUGAAUAAGAAAAGUGAAAGUAACAAAUUAGUGUAGAAAAAUAAGAAAUUAUCCCGAAAACCAGAAUGAGACAGCCAAAAAACCAUCGUGAGUGCUGUUGUAUCAAGUGUAAUAAAGUAGCAACUGGUGAAUACGAA